ACACCCCCUGCGCUGCACUGCAACUACCAGCCUACUAGCCAUAGUCAGAAGCCACUCAGCAGCUCCCCUCCCUCGCGUUCUCUUGGUGCAGGCGCGAUGGCCGCACCUUUUCUGCUCCUUCUUCUGCUCGUCGUUUCCGGAGGCGCUGCAGCGGGCGGCGACGGCGAGGCAGGGCUGCCCCGGCUCGAGUUCCGAGGCAUCGACGACACGGGCCGUAGGCACGGGCCCUUCGCGCUGGAGGAGCCGGAGUUCAUGCGCGAUAUCUCCACGCACGACGACGAGGCGGGCGAAGCUCCCCAGCUUGAGUUCCGAGGCAUCGACGACUCAGGCCGUGGGCACGCGUCCGACGCGCCGGAGGAGCCGUUGUUCAUGGCCCAUCUCGACGACGAGGCAGGCGAAGCGCCCCAGCUCGAGUUCCGAGGCAUCGACGGCUCGGUCCAUGGGCACGCGUCCGACGCGCCGGAGGAGCGGGCGUUCACGGACGUUAUCUCCACGGGCGGCGCCUGCGACCACUUCGCCCGCCUCGUCGCCGAGACGGGGAACGCGAGCCAGCUUUUCUGGGAGCGCGCCGCGGGCGCCGGCGGUCUCACGGUGUUCUGCCCUGAAGACAAGGCCCUCGCCGAGUUCGAGCCCAAGUUCCGAGGCCUCGGCGCGGACGACCGGCUCGCCGUCCUGCUGUACCACGGCGCGGCGACCACCUACGGCAGGAAGCUGUUCCAGUCGUUCGACUGGGUGUCGGUGAGCUCGCUGGCCACCGACGCGGCCACCAACAAGAGCCACGCCAUCAACGUCCGCGACGACGGGGACACGGUGUGGCUGUGGCCGUCGUCCAGGAGUGGCGCUGGGGCCAGGGUGACCAAGACGGUGUCCGAAGAAGCACCCCUCGCCGUGUACGUCGUCGACGCCGUGCUGCUGCCGAACCACCUGCGACAGAAGCUGGAUGGCGGCGACGAGCCGGCUGCUGCGUGCGAGCCGUCCGGUGGCUAUUUCGGCUGGCUGCACUGCUGCAUCCCGGUCUGGCAAGUGAUAGCCAUGGCCGUGGCGAGCAUCGCGGGCUUCCUGACCGGGUUUCUUCUUCACGAUGCAGUGGACAAGAUGAACAACAAGGCCAAUUUAUCUGGUUAAGUUUAUCUGCACUCGUAGUGAAUAAUGCUCUAGAAUUAUGGUUGUGGUGUUUAUAUAUAUAUUGCUGCAGCAUGUCGAUCGCCUGUCGUGGCAUGGCACGUACUGUUCUGUCGGAGUUAAGUGUGAGUCCCUGUGUUUGGCUCAUGUGCUACAGCUUAAUUUGCGUAACAUGAUUUAGUGUGGCAUUUACGUCGUC